AAAAAAAACCUUGUGUAUCUCAUACAAAACCCUAGUAUAUAAAUAACAGAAAAACCCUAGUAUGAUCGGUAAAGUAGUCUGAAGACUUGGAACGGCUUGACGAGAAAGAAAAAGAUGAAUAAGAAGAAGAGACAAAAAGUGCCUAAAAAUGGCGAUUGGUCCAAGCUUUGUCCCGAUGUUUUGCGAAAGAUAUUCGAAACCUUAAGCAGCCCUGUUGAUUCCCACCGCGCAAAAAUCGUUUGCUCGGGUUGGUAUUCCGUUUGGAAAACAUGCGCAAAGAGGCCUCCAUGUCCAUUGAGGAUAAUACACCAAGGUGAUUCUCCCACCUUAGGAAAAGGCAACAGAAAACUCGUCGGACUCUUCCAGCACAGAAGCUAUUGUAUGGCUAGCUCCGGAAACUGGCUUCUGAUGGUUGAGCUUCGUCUCAAAUUCUAUAUUUAUAACUUGUUGACGAAGGAAAGGAUCGAUCUUCCAUCGAUGGAGUCGCAAAUACUUGGCGGGCAAGUAAGGUUCAAACCUGGAAGAGAAUAUUUCCAUGGAUACUUGGUCGGGCCUUCUCGUAGGGAUAAAGUGCCGUUUGACUAUGAAGCCGUUGAAUGGGAGAAAUCGUUAGCUGUUCUGUGGGUAAACGACACAACAGGGGAUUAUGUCGUUGCUUGGACUUUUAUACAAAAAUAUUUGUUCUCAUACAUGAAAGGAGAUGGUUUUUGGCGAGAUUUGAAUUCUAAUGGAAAAAGUUUGGUUUUGUUUGAUAUGGCUUGUGAGGACAGUAUGCUUUAUCUGUUGACAAUUGAUCAUCACAUCAAGAUUUUCAAUUUCUUUGGAGAUAUUUUCACAGGAAAACAAAACCGGUAUUGGGGUCGUCCGUUUAACUUCGUUGCGCAACCGUGGGAAUACGUUUGGAAGAGGAAAAUGGUGAUUCGGAGAUCAGGAGAGGUACUGAUAGUCUUGAGCUUAAAAGAAAAAGUGAAAAAGGAAGAGAAACUUUUGUUUUACAUCUUUAAGAUGAAUCUUGAGAGUUGCAAGUGGGAAAGAGUUUAUUCUAUUGGAGAUGAGAUGUUGAGUUUUGGUCGUGGGGUUACAGUACCUCUUGCUCUUAAAGAUCUUGGUGAUGGAAUCAAGAGUGAUUCAAUCUAUUUUGUUGACGAAGACGUUUGGCCAGAUCAUAAAGAUCAUGAUCACCGUGUUUCAAAUUGCGGUGUCUUCGAUAUUGCCACAAGUAAGAUCGAAUGGCCUAAGAAGAUCUAUUGUUUCAUUAAUAAAACUCACUGGUUUGUUCGGGGAGUUGCUUACUAGGAGUUAUUGAAUGUAGGAAACUAAUAUAAGUUUAAUCAAAUUUCCAGUGUUAUUCAAUAUUUAUCUUCAUAGAUUCUUUUUCAGUUCUAGUGUUAUUCAAUGGUUUUGUGAACUCUAUUUAUUCUUCUAAAUUUGAAUGUUAUUCAUCAGUUUAUUGAUAUUUUGAAUUCUAUUGUUGUAUGGUUUUGAUGGUAAUGUCAUUUGAACGUUCAACAAAAAAUGUGAAGAACCCAAGAUGUUACAUGUUCCAAUCUUUGGAGAGGGUUUUUCAUUAAAAAAACUUAUUCACAACUCACAAGUCUUACAUAGUUUAAUUUACAAAAGAAUUUCAAGCUAAGUAAAGAAAUUAUUAACAGAGAUCUUUGUGGUCCUGCAAUGUGGAUUUUGUGGAUGAAGACUUCAACAUGAAUGUUCCGGGCUCAUCGACACCCAGCAUCCUUUAGCCAUAAUUAGCAACUCUUUAAAACCCAUGAUGGGUUUUCUUUGAGACCCAUGAAUGUGAAAAAGAUCUAACAUAUAACAAUUACUUGUGAUCUUAGGUUCUUAAAACAAGGUAAAAGUGAACAAUUCUCUUUCCUUACACACAUAGGCCAUUGGAUGUUUGGACUAUGACGCCGUUUUCUGUAAUAAAUGUCUUCAACAAACACUCUACGCCUAUUGAGACACUCAAUGUGAACACAACAGGCCUCAGAAUCAUGUAAGCUACUCUACUAAACAUGGAACUCUUCUUUCUCCCAUGUCCAUUUUAGAGGUUUGGGUCCAAAUACACAAACCGGCAAGUUUCAUCCCUUCUGGAUAUAUUCUCAGCCAAAAACAGGUAUCUCUUGGGCACAUUAUAUAAGCAGCCCAUCUUCUCUUGACUCUCGUCUAUUAGUAGUUCCAGUU